AUGAAUUUGCUGAUAUUAAUUUAUUAUUUAAUUUCAUUUGUUUACAGUGAAGAAGCUAUUUGUGGUGAUGGUGAAAGAGAUUUAUUUUAUGAAGAAUGUGAUAAUGUUGCUUUUUGUUCGAACUGUAAAUGUGAAUAUGGAUAUUCUUAUGAUAAAGAAAGAAAUGCAUGUAAUCCACAUUGUGAUAUUGAUGGUUGUUUGAAUGGUUGUGAUACGUCACAAACAUGUUCAAAAUGUAAUGUAAAUGAAGGAUAUUAUGAAGACUGCCAUGGAUGUCAAAAUGGAUUUUUUCAACAAGGGUUUAUGAAAUGUAUUAAAGUGACUGAUGAAUUAAAAGCUACAGUAAGAAGUUGUAAAAGCAUUAUAGAAGCAACCGACUUAACUUAUAUUCGUAAAUUAGAUUUUAUUAGUGGAACAUCUAAAAUUUUACACUUAAAAAAGAGUGAAGCAGUUUUAUCAGUAGAAAAUUGUUUUGAUAGACUUGAAUCAAAAACUCCUUAUUCAUAUGGAUUUUGGUUUGAAAUUAAUGCAAAAGAAGAAGGGUAUAUAUCUAUUGAAACAACAAGACAUUAUUCUAGUUAUGUUAUUGAUUAUUAUAUUCUUCAAGGAAAAGACAUUGGAGAAGAUACACGAAUUAUAAUAUUAAACAAUUGUAGAGAUGAUUUAGAACCAAAUACAUCGGAAGAUUGUGAAUUUGAGAACGAUGAUAUUGAUUGGUAUAUUCUUGACUCUCAUGCUAUUACUCAUGUCGUUCCAGGAAUUCCAAAAUAUGUAUUUAUUUCAAUGGCAUUUGCUGGUAUAUUUACAAAAGACCCUGUUGUUUUAUUUACAUUUCAAAAAAAUUCAUGUGGUUCAUUUUAUGAAGAAAUUCUUUGGAAUGAUAUUAUAAAUGGUUCAAGUAUUAAAUUGUUGAAAAGAUCAAACAUGUUUCCUUCUACUAAUAAGUGUAUUAAUACUCCUCAAUAUGGUUCUUGGUUCUUGAUCAGAGGCAUUGAACAAUCUAUAUCAAUCUCUACAUGUAAUACUGAAAAUGGUGUUAAUGCUGGAUUUAAUGUGAUAGAAGUUGAUUCUGGACCUAUUAAUUCAACAUUAUCUUGUUCUGAAGAAAAUCCAACUGCAAAAUGUGUUGUUACUGGUUCAAAGAGUUGUGAGAAUGGAGACACUUAUCAUUCAAAAGCUAUAAUUUCUUUAAAACCAGGAAAGAAUUACUUUAUAUUUUUGACAACAAGUAAUUUACAACAAGUUCAACUAAGAAUAGACGUUAAAGCUGUUUGUCCUAUGGGAUGUGGAGAAAAUGGAAUUUGCAGCACAGCUUCAGGAGGGUGUAUUUGUCUUAAUGGAUAUAUUAAAAAAGGAGAAAUUUGUACAUUAUGUGGAAAUAAGAUUGUUGAUGAAGAAGAAGAUUGUGAUAUUUCUCAACAAAAGGAUGAUAUUAAAUGUGACAUUGAUACUUGUAUGUGUCAUUAUGGAUAUGUCCCAAUGUUAAUAAACGGAACAAUUAAAUGUUCAUUAAAGACUUGUGGAAAUGGAAUUCUUGAUGAUGGAGAAGAAUGUGAUGGAGGCAUUGGAUGUGAUCAUUGUAUUUGUGAAGAAGGAUAUAACCCAUACUAUACACCAAGAAAAUCUUGUUUAUCUGUGAUGUGUGGGAAUAAAAUAGUUAAUGAUGGAGAAGAAUGUGAUGGAGGAGAUGGGUGUUAUGAAUGUGAGUGUCAAGCUGGAUGGUACAAAACUGGAGGUACAUCUUGCCGUUCAUUAGAAAUUGGACUUUUUUUAAAGAUAGAAACAAGUUCUGGAGUAGGUUUAUAUAUAUUAGUAUGGUUAAGCCUACUACUUAUAAUAAUGUUUAGAUAUAAAAAAUUAACAUCAGAAAUUCAAGAAGAAUGGAGAGCACAAACUGAUUUACCAUUUUUGGAAAGUACAAUUAUUCCUUUUAAUAAAACAAACUCACAAUAUAUUGACAUAAGAACAAAUACAAGUUACUUUGAGUUUGAUAACCCUUCAAUCAAUUUCAAGGAUAUUGAUAAUAGAAUGGAAGUAGAUGAACCUGUUCAAACAACUGUUGAAUUAAAAAAUAAUUAUAAAGAAGUACUUUAUUUUACAUUUCAUUGUGGAGAAUAUCAAAAGUAUGAUAUUAUGUUUAGUCCAGUAAUUGGGACAGUCCGACCUGGAGAUUCUAUUAUAAUAACAGUUAAUUUAAUAGUCAAAUGUACUACUAUUUUAAAAGAACGUGUUCCAGUAACACUUCGAUAUGGUAAAUUAAAAUCUAUUUUAAAAGAAAUAGAAAAGAAUAAUCCUGAAGUACUACAAAUUAAUUCAAGCCAAAAUAGUGAUGUUUCAGAUGACCCAAGAAAUAAAAGUGAUACUACAUCAAGUCAUUGUACAGAUAAAGGUCAUAUAAUAACAAAGAAUAACUCAGUGGUUUCAAAUGAAAGUGGUCAAAGUAAAUCAAAGAAAAAUAAAGAGAAUAAACUAAAGGAUAUUCGUAAAUUCCAUGUUUAUUUAAAUCUUCAAGU